UGCCAACAAACCUCAACUUCCAUUUCCUUUUAAUGAAGCCCACAGGGCAAUAAAACAUCAAAGCCUUCCAGGGCUCGGGUGACAGGACGUUUAAAAUAUUGAAAAUCCACUUGGAGCUCCAUGACCCUGCAUGUGAAAACUUAGCUCAAUAAUUUUAUUGUGAUUUAAUACAUAAAUUCUGUGAUUCAUGUCAAAGAUUGAAAUCAAACUUUGAUGCUCCUAAUCUCAUAAAGACUUUUUUCUUUCCAUAUUUUCACUUUUUUGGAGAGCACGGAGAUUUGUGAUCUUGAGGAAAUACGAACAUCUGGGUUUGUAAGAACACGAGCGCAAGAGAAAAGUAACAACCUCUGGAACACCGCACGUUUCCUGUUGUUGGAGAUCAAACUUUCCUUCACUUUUUCAUAUCUUCAACUUCUGGUUUAAAGCAGGGGGUAGACCUGAGGUGGGCUGAGCUGACAGGAUUCCUGCUCUGUUAGUUUGCACAGUCGAGGGAAACUAAAGGCCAGCAGUGGAUUCAGCUUUAGCAUAUACUCCAGCUGAAAAUGACUCAUCCAGACUCAUCUAAACCAAAAAAAUAGUCCUGGAUCUCACAUGUGCUGAAAUCCCGAAUAAGUUUUUGUGCCUCCAAACCAAAACCGAGGAGAUGGUUUCCGUUUACAUAUUUACCUUGAGUUACCUUUGGCUACACGCACAAGGUUUGAGUCUGGUUGAGUUAAACGCCGGCCUCCAGGUAGCCAGGGGCCGUUCUGUGUUCGUCACGGCAGGUGAACUCCGGUUCCGAUCGAUUGGGGCGUCCGAGGCCUGCAAGGUGGAAGUGGUGGUCACUGAACCAAUCACACAGAGAGUUGGAAAGCUCACACCUCAGGUUUUUGAUUGCCAGUUUUUACCUGAUGAAGUGAAGUACGUCCAUAACGGCAGCCCACUUAUAGAAGAAGACACCAUCAUGCUGAGGGUCUAUAGGUUUACCAACACUGACACCUUCAUCGAGACUGUCCUGCUAAACGUGAAGGUGUUGGAACCUCAGGGGAGCCUAACAGAACUUGGAAGCGUCCCUCUGGUGGUUCCAGAGUUUUAUGGGCUUUCCAACACCAUCAAUAGCAGUGUCCUUACCUUUAAAACCCAGCCCGGUGUGGUGUGCACCGUCCGUCUUCUGAACUCGGAGAUCAACGUUCCAAUGCUUGGUCAACUGGUGGUUGAGGAUCUCGAAAGGACAGUAACAUCUGAGCCUGGACCAAGAAUAGGGCGGCAUACUGGAAUAGCAUGUCCAGGAAACAAGGCUUGUGACCACAACACGAGGGAAGUAGAGUUCUUGAAGACCGAUUGCUCCGAGUUUCUUACUUCAGGUUUGAAGUACCAGCACCUGAGCCCUCCAUCACCUGAGAUUGAUUACAUCCCAAUCAGGGUGGAGUUUAGGGACCAGUCCUCUCGAGCCUUACUGGAGACUGAGAAUAUCUGGUUACCAGUACUGAUUCAAGGGGCUAUGCAGAAUCAACCUCCCCAUGCCGCCUUCAUGUCCACGUUCAUCCUAGAGGUGGAUCAGUUUAUCCUGACCCCUGUGACCACUGCGGCUCUGGACGCCAAAGAUGAUGAGACCCCUCAGGCUCAGCUUAUCUUCAAUGUGACAAAUCCACCGGAGGAAGGAUACGUAACUCACUUAGAUGAUCACACUAAAAUUGUCUCCUCGUUUUCGUGGCAAGAUCUCAAUGAGAUGAAGAUUGCCUAUCAGCCACCAAACAGCAGCCACACAGCCAGGAGAAACUACGAGGUUGAGUUUGAAGCUAUCGAUGGCUCAUUUGCGGCGAGCUCGCCCAUCUUGAUGCACAUCUCUAUCCGUACUGCGGAGACCAACGCACCUCGAGUCUCAUGGAAUAUGGGGUUGGAUCUGCUGGAAGGCCAGUCUAGACCCAUCACAUGGGAGAACCUACAGAUCGUUGAUAAUGACAACAUAGAUGCUGUGACCCUGAUCGCUAUGGAUGGACCCCUUAAUGGACACUUAACUGUUAGAGGUGGCAAAGGUUUUAUGUUUAAGGUGAAGGAUCUCAGACAAGGGGUUGUGGUCUAUCAUCACUCUGACAGCGACACCACCAGGGAUUACAUCGUCUUCCGCAUCACAGAUGGCCGCCACAGCAUCAGACACAAAUUCCCCAUCUACGUUUUACCAAAAGACGACACUCCUCCGUUUCUUAUCAAUAAUGUGGCAUUUGAGGUCCAAGAGGGAGGUUCUGUUCGGGUGGAGGAGUACAUGCUUAUGGCCUCAGACUUGGAUUCAAGCGACGACUAUAUUCAGUAUCAACUAACUACAUUUCCCAAAGCUGGACAGCUUGUUAAAAAAACGUCUCGUCAUGAGCCAGGUGUCCCAGUGAAGAGUUUCUUGCAGAGGGACUUGUUUCAGGGACUCAUCUACUACAAGCAUUUAGGCGAGGAAGUGUUUGAAGACUCAUUUGAUUUCAUCUUGUCAGAUGCCCAUCAACCUCCAAAUCUGUCAGACAAACACACGGUGGUGAUCCACGUGUUUCCAGUGAAGGACGAGUUGCCUGUGGAAGUUGCUGGAACAGUUCGCUCCAUCACUGUUAAAGAAACGGAGGUUGUUUACAUCACUCAGAGUCAACUGCACUUCAGAGACACAGAGAGUCCAGAUACCGACCUUAUGUAUGUGAUCACUCGUCCCUGUUUCAGUCCGGGAAACAGCAGACUAUCAGAUGCAGGCAGACUGUUUUAUACUGACAGCACAAACUCUAUGAAAAAAGACGCAAUGGUUCCAGUGCUCAAGUCAUUCACCCAGCAUGCAGUGAACCAUCACAAAGUUGGAUACAUGCCUCCAUUAGAAGAUAUUGGUCCUCACCCGCUCUUUGUGCAGUUUGUAUUUACUGUAAGUGACCAGCAGGGCGGCGCUCUCUCUGGGCUCACCUUCAACAUCACAGUAACACCUGUCGACAACCAAGCUCCAGAAAUGUUCACUAACUUGCUGAGGGUAGAGGAAGGUGGUGGCAGUUUCCUGAUGGAGGAACACUUGUUGGUGCAGGAUGUGGAUAGCUCAGAAGAUCAGCUCAGGGUUCACAUGAAGACUCGGCCACAGCAUGGACGACUAGAACUGCAGGGCACGACGCUGCUAGAAGGAGACAGCUUCAGUUUGCAGGAUCUCAAAGCAUUGAGGGUCAGAUACAUUCAUGAUGACUCUGAAACUCUUAAGGACAGCAUCGGACUUACGAUCACAGAUGGAAUCAACUCUGCAAAUGGAGAGCUUUUCAUUCAGAUCCUACCUGUGAACGACGAACCUCCAAAGUUAGGUUCAGACUUGAGGGCCGAACUUUCUUGCAAAGAAGGCGGUCGUGUCCAGAUUACAGUUGAAUACAUCUCUGCUACAGAUGACGACAGUGAUGAUACUCGAUUAACAUACAUGCUUGCCAGGACACCUGCACAUGGGGUUCUGCAGAGAAAUGGAGUCAUGGUGGAUAAGUUCUCUCAGCUGGAUGUGAUCAAUGGACUCAUCUUUUACCUGCACACAGGGGGUGAGAUUGGACCAGAUCCUGUAUCAGACACCAUCACGCUCAUAGUAUCCGAUGGAGAGGCCGGAAUAACAGAUGGCUGUUGCCAAGAGGACGCUUUACCUCCACCAGUCCCCCUGCAUGGCACACUUCCGGUCUAUGAUCUGAACAUCACCGUGGUGCCCGUCAACAAUCAGAUUCCAACUAUAACACUGGGUGGUAUGUUUGUGGUAGACGAAGGUUCCAGUGCAUGUUUAUGUGGUGGGGUGUUGGCGGCCACUGAUCCUGACACCCAUCCAGACCAGCUCAUGUUUCAUUUGGUGACCCCACCACAAUAUGGGUUCCUGGAGAACAUUCUCCCAUCCCCUGGAUUUGAGAAAAGCAACGCUGGACUCCGAGUGGUUUCUUUCAGCCAGCUGCACCUCAGCUCAGGGUUUAUCAACUAUGUCCAGUCGGUGCACCAGGGUGUGGAGCCUACCGCAGAUUUCUUCACCAUUAGCGUCAGUGAUGGGAUUCAGAGAUCUGCACCAUUGCCCUUCUACAUCAUCAUCAACCCUACCAACGAUGAAAUCCCAUCACUGCUGCUUGGCAACUUCUCAGUCAUGGAAGGAGGGAUGAAGGACCUCAGUCCUGAUAUUCUGAACGCGGUGGACAUUGAUAUCCCAGGAGAAACUCUUACCAUGACCGUCCUGGUUCCUCCUACCCAUGGAAUUCUGCUCAAUGGCAUUUACGGGCUUGAGAUGAGUCGCUACAAAAGCAUUGGCCCCGAGGAUCUACACCGAACAUUGGCGAUUCAAUCUUUCUCUGUACUGGAGCUACAACAAGGAAUGAAGAUCAUGUAUAUGCACGAUGACACAGAAACCCUCAAGGACUCUUUCACCAUACAGCUGACAGAUGGUGGGCACACAGUCCAGGGGACUGCGUGCGUUCGCAUCAUACCAGUCAAUGAUGAAAAGCCACGGCUACUAAAAAAUGCAGGUGUUGAUGUUCAAGCUUUGGCGAAAAGAGUCAUCUCCAGUGUAACGCUAGAGGCAGAGGACCACGACACUCCCAGCAACCAAAUCUUCUUCAUCCUCAAUGCAGGUCCCAGAUUUGGCCUUCUCCAACUCAUGACAGAAGCAGGAUGGAUUGAUCUGAGUCCAGGUCAGAAUUUCACCCAAGAAGAUGUGGAGAUGAAUCGCCUCUGGUACACUCACACUACAUUUAGCGGCUUCAAAGGACACGACAGGUUUCAUUUUGUUCUCAGUGAUGGGGAAAACCAAACACCUUCACAGAGUUUCUUCAUCUCUGUUCGCACUGUUCAAAAAGGCGACAUUGCUCUCAUCACCAAACCUGUGACGUUGAUGGAGGGUGAGAGAGUUAUCCUGACCACUGACAUCCUGAUGGCCACAGACAGUGGAAGUCCAUCAGAUGAGCUCAUAUAUACUGUGUCUACUCCGCCUGAACAUGGACACCUGCACAUGGUCCAAUCUCCGGGGGUUCCCGUGUUCACCUUCACCCAAAUGGAUGUGGCUGCCAACCGGGUGUGCUACACUCAUGACAACAGCCGCUUUGCUGACCGUGAUUCUUUCAGCUUUGCCAUUACCAACGGUGUGACCUCCAGAACUGGCAGCAUUUAUUUUACCGUGAAGCACAGUGACCGUAUCCCACCCACCCUGAACAUAAACAAAGGCCUUCAGCUCACCGAAGGCACCGUCAAGAUCAUUUCCACUGAACACUUAAAACUGACCGAUCCGGACACAGCUCUGGACAACCUCACCUACGUCGUUAUUCAAGGCCCGCAGUAUGGGAAGUUACUCUUGAAGGGAAUUCCCCUUACUAAGCCCCGAUUUACACAAGUGGACAUCAAUAGCAUGGAUAUAACUUACCACCAUCUAAACGGGCGAGCUAAGAUUGACAGGUUCACCUUUCAACCCACUGAUGGUACUAACACGGGUUAUUUGGAGUAUGGACAGCUGAAGACUGAGACUGCUGUGUUCACUAUACAGAUAGAGAUACUGGACAAGACGCCUCCCAAUAUUGUAAACAGGGGGGUUCCAAGUACUGUUGAGAGUAUUCAAGAUGGCAAACAGUGCAUUUACGUCACCUCUAAGGAACUGCAAGCCACCGAUCCAGACAGCCCAGACGACGCGCUUGAGUUCACAAUAAUAAGACCUCCGCAUUUCGGAUACUUCGAGAAUGCCCUCACAGGUGCCUACAUUAAAGGACGCUUCACCCAGAAGGAUGUGAACCAGAAGGCAGUGCGCUAUGUCAUACCUGUAGAUAUAGAAGUGACAGCAGACAGCUUUGAGUUUCAAGUCACAGACCCUGCAGGAAACACUAUGCUUCCUGAAGUGUUGGAAUUCAGGUGGUCCCGUGUGGAGCUGUCUGCUUCCUGUUAUCGUGUUUGUGAAAACGCAGGAACGCUAGGUGUGCAGGUGGUACGCAGUGGGAACAGCAUAGAUCCAGCGUAUGUCAGCAUACAGGUGGAAGAGGGCACUGCCAAAGCUGGGAAAGAUUUCACCCACAGUUCUGCCAGUCUUGUACAGUUUGAUCCAGGUGUGAACGUCAAAAUAUGGAACGUUCAUCUGAAAGAUGACGGUUUAGAGGAGAACCACGAGAAGUUUGAGGUGGUUUUGAAAACUCCAAAAAAUGCAGUUUUGGGACAGAGGAACAAGGCCACGGUUGAGAUUGUGGAUCCUAGAAAUGGCAGGUGUAGUCCUGAUGAUCUUAUUGUUGAAGAAGAUGAGACGAAACAUCCUUUUCAAAGCCCACCAGACGUCCAAGAGCCUGAACCAGGGCUGGUUGAGGAAUACACCCCAGACCCAAGGACCAGGAUCUUCUCGGAUAACUUUCCACAACGAGGAGACGUCCCGUAUCGUACACAGUUCAGCCAUUACAGAGAGGGAGAAUAUCAGGAUCAGGCCUUUCAUAGUCAAAGCCAGAGACAGCUGAGGAUUCUGGGUAGAAACAGACACAGAGUGCAUCUGCCAGAAGUUGACAACAGAAAUCAAGAAAGAGUUUGGACAUUCCAUGGACUUUUCCCAGUGAGACGAGAGGAAACUGUCCCAGUGCCUCGUGUCCAUUCCGAACUGGAGAUCACUCCGAUCUGGACCUGGCCCGGAUAUUCUGCUGACCCUGAAUCGCUAGAGACCCCACAGAGGGACUCGCCCCCAUUCGUAAUGAAUUCAGGAGUGCGACAACACAAGUCGCAGAAGUCUGUAAGUAUUGGUUGUCCAAAUGGUUGGACUCACCACCGGAGAAACUGUUAUAUUUUGGGCCCUGGUACCGCAAGCUGGAGCAGUGCACAACACGCUUGCACGUUGCUUGAAAGCAACUUGACAAGCGUGCAUUCGAAGAUCGAUUUGAAGUGGAUUUGGAAAUUCGCUGGAAAGCAAGCAUUUUGGAUUGGACUCAGAGGUAGUGCAGAGAAUUGGACUUGGACUGAUAGUAAACCGCUGACGUUUUCAAAACUCAAGAAGGAAACGGUGACCAACCAUCAAGAUCCUGACAGCUCGACCGCCACUUGUGUUUUGGCCCAAAGUCAGAAGAUAUGGAUUCCUAAAAGCUGUAUUGAUGGAUCAGAACACAGAUAUGUUUGUUCAGCACCUGCACAAAUCAGUUAAAACAUAUUUAAUUUCAUGGGCGUCGGAAGUACGUAGUAUGUGGGUGAGACAAGACCCACCAGGUUUUUAAGACCAUAUUAGACCCCAUUCCACCUGAGGAAUGCCCUAUUAAAUAAAACUCCAUUCCGCGUUUUAUCUACAGCCUUGACUUUCACACAGCUGCUUUCUCAAAUCUAUUUAACUUCGCUCAUUCGAGGUUCAUAUGAAUUAAACUUCAUUCCGUGUUUUCACUACAACCGCAACAUGGAGAGGUAAAAAAAGCUUCGUAUUACUAUGAUAAGUUUUUUAUUUAUAAUUUUUCUGUGGGAAGACCCACCCACUUUUUUUGCCUCCGGAGCCCAUGUUUAAUUUAUAAUGGUAUUUUAUUGAUGAAAAAUACAUUAAAAAAAUUUCAGUGACAUCAUUUAUAAAAAUUAAACAUGUUUUUUUUAUAGUAAGAUGAAAUAACCAUGUUUUUGGUGUAUUUAUUACUUUUUGUAUUACCAUAGUUUUACUACUACAAAUAUCAUGGUUUUAAGAUCAUGUUAAAUUUGUGGUACGAAUCACUGUACUUACACCUUUUUUUUUUUUGUAAGAGAUCCUUUCUGUUGUGUUAUAAUAUGUCAUCAAAUUUAUAUGAAUAAAAACGAU